AACUUCUAUUUAGUGACGACCAUUCAAAAUGGCGGGUAGUUCGUUGUCAUACAAAUACAGUGUUAUUGCACAGUACAAAAUGUGCAAUUAUUGUUCGUGAAAUAAUAUAUUUAUAUAUAUACAUAUAUAUAUACAUAAUAAGUAUUAAUACAUAUAAUUAUUUUUAUUAUAUCAUUUGAAUUAUACCAUCCAUCGAGUAUACAUUACUAUAAUGAGGAUAUAUCAUGUUCAUAUUCGUUUGAUAUAAAUAAGUAUUAUGUUGCAAUUAUGAGUUCCAGCAAGAGAAAAACUAUUAAUAUAAAUUCUGAAGAAGAAAGUAGCCCGAAGUAUCGUCGUAGUUCAUUAGCAGUUAAUUUAAGUUAUACAAACUUAACGGAUUCAGGUAAUGGUUCUCUCAGAAAAACACAGAUUAAGAACAAUGAAUCAGAUACAAUCAAGUUUAAUAAUCAGAUACAAUCAUAUGUUAAAGAUGAUAAAGAAUUGAAAAGGAAACAAAAGCCUGAGAAAAAUUCUUUCCAAACGUCUAAUAUAAAUGAAAUAAAUAACACAAGUUCUUUUAAAGAAGAUAAAUUAUUACGAAACGUUAGAGUGCGUAUUAUUGAUAUUAAACAUAUUAAAAAAACUGAUACAACUUGUGAAAAGCUAAGAAAUGCAAUAUUAAAUAAAACUAGAGAAAUAUUUAAUAAGCAAGAUGAAUGUGCUAUAAAGACAACUUUAGUUUUACAAAAUCAAAAUGAUAAAGUAUUAACUACUAGUUCUCAGAAUAUUAUAGAUCAACCUCGGAUUACAACGGAUGAAGUUACAAAUAUACAAAAUAAUACUCAUAAUGAUAAGUUAAAUAUCUUUUCUACACCUGUUAAUAAAACUUGUAAUGUUAAUGAAUCAAUAGAUAAAUCAAAAAUAACAAAAAGAAGGCUAUUUGGAAACGAUGAUAUUGUCAACCCUCAAAUUGUUAAGACUGUAACAGAAGAAAAUUAUAAAUCAAAAAAUAAUUUGCAACAAUUAUCUCCUACAAAUUUAAAUUAUAAAAGUAGUCCUAUAAUAUCUGGUAAUCAUAAAAGACACCGCAUAUCAAAACUUUCAUUAAAAAGUCUUUCUAAAACUAAAACAAAAUGUAAUUUAGAAGAAGAUUUGAGUCAAAAAACUUUAUCAAGUUUAAGUACUUUAAAUGAUGACAUUGAAUCAAUUGGUACACCAAUUUUUUGUUCCACAUAUAAUGAGGAAUUGGGUGGUAACAAUAACAAAUUUAUUGAAGAACAUAAUAUUAAUAAUGAGAGACGUAAAAGAAAUCCAAAACUUAUGUCCAGGGAAUUAACAGCUGUUCAAGUAAAUGUCUGGGAACAAGAUAAUAUCUGUAUUGAAAAAGCAAACGUAAUCGAUAAUAGCAAAAUUGGAAAUAAAAAAGAAUCUGAAGAUCAAAGCACGAAAGAAAAGAUAAAUCAAACAACUUCCAUAACAGAUAAAGAAACUAUAAUGAAUCGUGAAACUAUGAUGAAAACAAUAAAUACAAUAUUUCAAUCUAGUCAACGUAAUACAGAAAAUAUUAGACGUAAUAAUGAAAAUAUUAAAUCCACGAUUGAUAAAAGUAAAGAUAGCACUGAAGAGCUCGAAUCAUCUUUACAUGUAAAUACUUCUGUAGAUAAUGAAAGUGAACAGGAAAGUAUAAUUAAUAAUCGUAGUUCAUUACAAGUAAAUACAUCUUUAAAUUCUACAUAUAAACAUAGAAAGUCUUAUAAUGAAGAACAACGAUCCAAACGGCAAGGAACAUCAAGGAAACAUUCACAAUACAAUAAUGAAAUAACAAAUGGAAAUGAUGAUUCUACAAGUUAUAUUGAAAGUACACCUUACAAUGCGCCUCAAUCAGAUUUAUUGAAAUCACAGUUAAAAUGUGACACAGUAAUACGUAAUAAAAAAUUCAAAGAUUCUACUAAUAUAAUUGACGCAUUAAGUAAUAUCAAUAUUAAGAAAGAAAAUAAAAGUGUUGGUAAUUCCAAAGAUGAACAAUGCAUUUGUAAAAUUCAUACAACACAUAGAAUCGCGUGUACAGAGAAAGGAAAAGAUAUUUUACAUAAUACAAUUAUUUUAGAUGAUUCACCUAUAGUAGCUUCAGACAAACAAAAAUGCAAGGAAGUAAUUAUAGAGGAUUCUCUUAGAGAACAUGAAGUUGGCGAAGAUAAAAUAAAGAAUAAUUGUUUGGCGAAUGUAAAUGUAAUAUGCUCUAAGCCAAAGAAAAAAAAAUUAUUGCCACUUUGUGAAAAUUCUAAAUUAUCAUUUAGCCCAAUGGAAAAAUCAUUAUCACCGAAAGAACCAUUGAUAACAAAAAAGAAAAAACAGUUUAAAAAGAAAAAAACGAUAAAACAAAAUUUGUGGGCAAAAACUUGUAAUGUCUCAAAUAAUAUAGAAAAAGAUAAUGAUUCGUCAGAAAAUAAUUGUACUUUCAAUCUAAAACCGAAAAAUGAAUGUAAAAAGCCUAGAAAAAUAAAUAGUAAAAAAAUUGUAAUUAAAAAAAUGGUUGAUAAUGAUAUAUUGAAACAAUUAGAAAAUUUACAUAAACAUUCUGACCAACAACCUGAAACUAUCGAAUAUAGAAAUUCUUUAAAUGAAUUUCAAACUAGAAAAAAAACUUCUCAAUUGUUAGUUCAUAAAUCUCCAAAAAUUAUUAUGGUUGUAACGGGAUUCUCAAAAGGAGAUAAAAAUUUAAUUAAGAGCAUUGUAAAAACUCUUGGUAUGGCAAAAAUCGAAUCAAAUGUUACACGUAGAACAACUCAUGUAGUAAGCACAGGAGUGCGUACAUUGAAUUUAUUGCAUGGUAUAAUAAGAGGUUGUUGGCUUGUAAAACUUGAGUGGGUUUUGAAAUCUUUGGAAAAUAAUGGAUGGUUAAAUCCAGAAGAUUAUGAAAUGAUACAUUUCUCAAAGGCAGUAAAAGAAAAUCGCAAAGAUCGGGAAUUAUUUGGAAUGGCUUAUGUACCAGAAUUAUUUGUUACUUCUGGAUUCUUACAUGUUGAAAAUGGUACUACACCGCCUGCUCAUAUCUUAAAAGAUCUUAUAAAAGCUGCUGGUGGUAGAAUUACUGAGCGUCCACAGGCUGCAAAAAUUAUUAUUGGUGCAAAUGGUGUGAAAGAAAGUUGGGUAUUGGAUUCGAUUACUACUGGUGUCUUACAAUCAACAACACAAUAUCAAAGAAAGUAGUAUAAUAUUAUAACUUUAUUGUACAAAUUAUAAAUAAUUGCGACAGGAAAUGAUACACAUUUU